CGUCAGAAAUUUUGUUAUUGCUUAUAAACAGACCCUGGUUUAGAUAUUAAAAAUAACGAUUUAAGUGUAACAUUUCACUAAAUUUUCUUCACGAUGAGGUUAUUACUCCUUCUAGCAGCCUUGCUGACAAUUUUCGUGGUUCCCGGGCUUUGCCAAGAUGCGUAUCCGUUCACCGAUAAAGCCUGCCGGACAGAUGUGAAAUAUCCUCCACCGAGCACCGACUCUGAAACAACUGUCCCAACAUUCGUCUUGAACCUUGAUCUAGAUCCUGAAGAACGAUGGAAACCUCUUAUGAAGAACAAAAGUGCAGAGUUGAAGGCAAUGAUCACUGAUGUCCUUGACCUGAUUGGUUACUUUUUCAAGAAUGACACCAAGCUGAUUGGCAUAGUGGAUGACAUCUUGGGCCCUCUUGUCUUCACCUUUCCCCAGCCUUACCAGGGGGAGCUUGUUGGGAUAGCUGUUUCAUCAGGACUUCCUCUAGGUCAUAUUGUUUUAUACAAUAUUUUCUAUGAAGUGUUUACAGUGUGCACAUCAAUUGUUGCUGAAAGCCCAAAUGGAACACUUUUCCAUUCACGUAAUCUUGAUUUUGGAUUGUUUCUUGGAUGGGACAUCAAGACUGAGAAGUGGGCCCUGACAGAGAAGCUGAGACCAUUAAUUGUUAAUGUUGACUACCAAAGAAAGGGGAAAACUGUCGCUAAAGCUGUACACUUUGCCGGCUACAUCGGUGUUCUGACAGGAAUUAAACCUGGUAUUCUGACACUGACUAUGAAUGAGCGUUUCAAUAUUGAUGGAGGCUUCUUGGGUGUUCUAGAAUGGUUUCUGGGUCAAAGAUCAGAGCAAUGGAUGGGAUUCUUCCUCCGCGAUACACUCGUAGGAGCAAUAGAUUACAACAGUACAAAGAACAGGGUUGUCAAUGCCAAGCUUUUGUCCCCAGGCUACGUCAUAAUUGGAGGCAACAAGACAGGAGAGGGCGCUAUCAUUGUCCUUGAUCGAAAGAAGAAAGCUUACGUUGAAGAAUUGGAUCCAAAGAAUGGGAAGUGGUUCCUGGUUCAGACCAACUAUGAUCCUAUUGAGAAACCACCAUUCUUUGAUGAUAGAAGAACACCAGCAACCAAAUGUAUGACCAACACAACUCAAAAGGCUUUGGAUUAUAGUUCUGUGUACAAUGUUUUGUCAACAAAGCCAGUUCUUAAUUUGUUGACAACAUACACCGCUAUGAUGCAAGUCAACACAGGUUACAUGGAGACUUAUAUUAGGGACUGCCCCCAACCCUGCUUCCCAUGGUAACAACAAUCUAUUCCAAUGAAACUGCAGUGGCCUUCUUAUCUUAACAUUGUAUGAACCACAAUUAAGUACACUUUUUGUAAAACUAUAUCAUUCCAUGACCAACCGUGUAUAACUCUGCAAAUUAUAAACUUGUUUCUAAUCAAAAAAUGAAAUAAGGGUUCAGAAUAUUUACAGGAAAAAUCGAUGGCUACGCUGCAAAAACAAGAAUCAAUUUGUUUAAAAAAGUCCGUAAUUUUGUACUUUUUAUAGUAUGACAAUAAACAAUUAAAACUCCACAAUUAUGGCUGCUAAUUUUGACAUUCAUGUACAUCAAUCCACAGCUGUCCUACGCCAGUCUUUUAUUCCAUUUACUGUGAUGCAAAUACACCAGUGCUCAUUUCCUCUUUGCAUCUAAGGUAUCUUUGACUAAUGAUGUUCACACAUACUCAAACAAAAUGUGACCCAGCCGGUGAAAACCACUAGUACAGGACUUAUCAAUAGGCGUAAAUAAAAUGGUGUCGUAGCUUAGAGCAAGUGUGGCCCACUGGGUUUACCUAGAAAUAACUUAAUAAUUAAAAUAAUUCCUUUCAAAAGCUCUUUACAAUUGAUCUAAGGUUGGCACAGCCAUAAAUUCACCCUGGAAAAAUGUGACUGUCUAAUAAUUUAAAAAAGAUGAUCUGGAAAAGGGCAACUGUUUAUACCACCAACCCAACCAAGAUACAGAUUUACAUUCCUUUUUGAAAUCACAGUGAAGGGCAACACACAUCAAGUACAUGAAGUACUCGUUGUUAAAGCCAUUGGACCCUUUUUUGUUCACAGUAUUUUCCAAGGCCCACACUUCGUGUAUCACAACUUCU